AUGUCUUCUGAGAAAGGUGGUGGAGGAGGGGUUUUUAGGAAUGUUCAGGGUAAAUGGUAUUUUGGUUAUUCAAGCAAGUACAAUGCACCUAGUGCUUUGGGUGCUGAGCUGUAUGCUCUAAGGGAAGGUCUUAACUUUGCACAUGCUAUGCCCUUGAAGUAUUUGGAAGUGGAUACUGAUGCUCAAGAAAUAAAAAGCUUGCUUAACAGAGAAGGGGAUAAUAUGAAUCAUGAGUUAUCUGGUCUCAUCAUUGAUGUAGCAAGAGCCCUGAGCAACAAGAAUAUGGUCAUUGUGUUUAGCAUUAUCCCUAGGGAGCUUAAUUCUGUAGCUCACUAUUUGGCUAAAUAUGCUAUGAUAAUGGGUUUGGGCCAUACCCCUCAUUAUGCUUGCCUAACCAAUGCAGUUGCUGCUUUUAAAGAGGAUAUGAGAGCUCUGUAUGCUGCUCCCAUUGAUUAG